AAUGGUUAUGCCUCAACUGCCAGACCCAAAGAGCUCUCUCUGGCCAGUUGGGCGAUAUGCCCCCUCCACCAUCUCCAGUGAAGAAGCAACUAUCCACACAUACCCCUACCCCACCUGCCUCCCCUGCCAAAGUCCUUGCCUCCCCAGCUGCUGCUGCUGCUGCUUCUCCAUUAACAAGGAGCCCCUCAGUCACUCAGGCAGAGGCAGCAGCAGCAAAGGAAGACACCCAGCCACUUCCCAUGUCCAAGGCAACGGUGAAAGAGCCUGGAGAAAAAAACACAGUCGCCAAGCAUAGCAGUCCCACCAGCCCCUCAGAUCUUGCCAAGCUUGAGAGCACUGUCCUUCCCAUAUUAGGGGCCCAGGCUACACAACCAAAGAACGAUUCGGACAAACUAACCGACUCACUCAAGGCCAGACGCAAACUUGAGGUGCUACCCCUCUCACCUGAAUCUCCCAGCACAGAGGAUGACCCAGAACUCUCAGAGAAGAAGGACGCCUCAGCAAAGAAAAAGCUGCUGGUGCCGACAGACAUCAGGGGUGACUCGUUGGAGGACAGCAGUGAGAGCUUAGGGAAAGAUAGUCCCAUGUCAGGGGAUGACGAAGACUUCAUUCGUAAACAUAUCAUGGAGAUGAGUGAGAACGAGGACGCUUCGCCGUCUGAUGAAGAAAACCUAAUCCGGCGAAAGAUCCGAGAUCAGGAGAGGAAACGAAUGGAGCAGGAGAAAGGGGAGGGGAAGGAGAGAAGCGCAACUUCAAAAGGCAGGCGGCUCCUCAAGAAGAGCACCAUCAGCCCUGAGGACGAAGAUGAGCGGAAACUCUCACUGGAUAAAGCUGACGAGGCAUGGAAAGAGGGAUCGGAACCCAAAGUUUCAGACUCUCAGGAAGGGGAACAGCCUUCAGGGGAUAGAGGCGUGGCAGUCCACCAAUUCAGAACCAUCGAGCUCAACACGACUAGCACCCCUGUGCGCAUACCGGGUACAUCAGAUGAUGGAGAGCUUGAGAUGGAAAGCCUCAACAACUCCCCUGACGAUCGCUCCAGGGGUGAUGGGUCCUCCAGCCUGCACGCAUCCAGCUUCACCCCUGGGACAUCGCCUACAUCCCUCUCCUCUUUGGAUGAGGACAGUGACAGCAGUAGUCCCAGCCGCAUGCACAGUGGCGAGGGGAAACAGCACAGGAAAGCGAAGCAUAGACAACAAGGCCAAGGUCUACCCACCAUCGAAGACUCUUCUGAGGAAGAGGAGUUACGAGAGGAGGAGGAGCUGCUAAGAGAACAGGAGAAGCAGAAAGGCUCUGGGAAGAAGUCGAAGAAGGACAAAGAGGAGAUCCGAGCUCAGAGGCGGCGGGAGCGUCCCAAAACGCCGCCUAGCAACCUUUCUCCCAUUGAAGAUGCCUCCCCGACAGAAGAGCUGAGGCAAGAGGCAGAGAUGGAGGAGUUCAGGCGAUCAUCCUUAUCGGAUUUCUCUCCCAGCAUUGAGUCAGAACCUGAGGGAGUUGAGAUAAAUGCGGCAAAGAUUGCAGCAGUACAGAAAGUUUACCAACUUCCUACAUCUGUUUCUCUCUACUCUCCAACAGCGGAUCAAGGUGCUAAUAAAAGCCCUGAAAAACGAGCCCUGAAAACUGCAGACGAGGCCUAUGAAGAGAUCAUGCUAAAGGCUAAAACACCCACAAAAGAGAAGGUGGACAUCCCUCCGGGGAAAGAGUCCCUCUAUGGUGGGAUGCUGAUUGAAGAUUAUGCCUGUGAGUCCCUUGUUGAUGGAAAUGGAAAGAAAGUCCAGCAGCAGGAGCCUGAGAAAAUCUCAGUGCCAGCUCAGCCCAAAACACUGAGAUCUCCAGAUGAAGUUUAUGAAGACAUGAUGGAGAAGAAGAAAGAAUUCAUGCAGCUGGAGCAGGAACUGAAAAAAGCACAGUCAGUAUCGGAAAGACCCACACCAGAGAUCGUAUUGCAACCUGCUGAGCCAACCAGCUCCACAUGUGUUACAGUUACUAUAGGCAAGGAUGGGAAACCACUGCUCGAUGCUGAGGCUGCGUAUGAGGAACUCAUGAAGAAAGUUCUGACUCCUGGGACUAGCCCGACACAGCAGGGUCCUGAUAUAUCUGGGGCGGCCCCUGGUGGUGAGUUGGAAGGCACUGAAUCCAGAAGGGCUCUGCAUCCCAUACCAGACCUGAGGGUUACGCAGUUCUCCUCAGGGGAGGAGGACGCUGAUGAAGAGGCCAGUGAGACCAACAGUAAGGAUAAGCCAAAGACUUCAUCAGACAUUCCUAAAGCUGAUCAGGCACCCGUAACAGUUGCAGAAACAGAGCCCAAAUCAGUUGCUUGCGAGGUCCCCCAAUCAACAACUUCAGACCAACCACAGAUGACCAUUGAAACUUCCCAGGCUGACCAGCAUGUGAGCGUAAGCCAACAGGAUGUCAUGGACCUGUCUAGUAUGAAGUCUUCAGCCCCUGCUGUUGCCAGUGUAUCACCCUUACCCACUGUCCCUCAGUACACCACCACUGUCCCCAGCGUAGUCUCAACCGCCCCACCAGUGCCCCACAAACCAGCCGUCCUGCACAUGGCUCUGUCUCAGGAAAAAGCAGAUGUUCCUGAACCCCCUCCACUGCCCCCUCCCACCAUGCCAAAGCCAUCGGUUUACCCCAGGAAACCCCCUGUUCCGCUUCCACCUCAGGCCACAAUCAGGUCAGAACCUGUUGCCAUGACAACAGCCCAAGGGUCGCCGGUAAGACAACCUCACGUCCCCCCACCGGUUCCUCCAAAGCCAGCCAUCCCCGCUGGAAUGGGGUACAGCCACAGGCCAGGGGAAAAUGUCAAACCACCCCUUGCUCCGAAACCUGUCUCUCAGCCUGGCUCUCCUGCCCACAUCCAAUAUCCAAGACCCACCGCCCUCCACACAGGCCAUGCUGAUAUAGCCCUGAAUCUGAGCCCCUCAGCUGAAAGCAGGCCAGGUCACUUCUCAGGUCACUCCUCGGGUCACUCCUCGGGUCACUCCUCGGUUCACUCCUCGGGUCACCCAUCACCCACUUCUCCGCGAUACGGCAAUCGAUACGACACCUACGUGGUUAUCACUCUGCCAUCCCAGCCCAGCUCUCCAGUGGAAGGGAUCACCACCCAGGCCCCAUCCAGUCCUGGUCCAGCAUCUCCUUCAAGACAUGCCCAACCUCCACCUCAACCUCAAACACAGUAUCAACCACAACCUCAACCCCAGAAACAACCACAGCCACCUCCACCACACACAAAUAGGGUGCCCCUGGCGUUCACUCGCAUCACUGAGUCUAUCGAAAGUCAGGAGAUAUGUGGGCCAGAGAAAGUUGUGUCAAGCUCCUGUCAUGUCAUCGAGGCUAUUUCUGCAUCCGCUCCACCCCCAGAGGUCAGGUUAGGGCAGGUCACUCAGUUUGUGACAACAGAAGUCCAAAGAACCAUGGUGUCUGUCCGACACGAGAGGUCGCCUCCCCCACCCCCAGCCCCAAGAGCGAACGGUGUCCCAAUCUCACUGGAGAAACCUAAACCACAACAGACACAGAGUACACAGGGCUACCAGCUGGGGGAGGUAGUAGACCUUCGUACCAUGAAGGUGAAUUCAGAAUCGGCCAUGAAAGUGGUGGAUCUGUCUUCCUCAGAUGUUAGACGCCUGUCCUUGGCCACAGAUAUCAACGGUCGUCAGACAAGCGCAGUGCAGUCCCCAGUGGUCAAUCUCAGCACUGAGUCAUCCAGUGUUUCCAUAGUGACUGACAGCAUCACCAUAGUUACAUGUGCUGCCACCAUACAAAGUUACGAAAAUACCAACAUAUCCCAAGUCCCCUCUGUGCCCCUUCAGCUUACAACCACAAACAAAGCCUUCGAGCCUGUUUGUCAGAUCGUCUAUCGCCCCAUAGAUGCACAGCCCGCAACCAGCAACAAUGCUGAGAUCCCCAUUAACCUUUCUGUAGGACCUGGCACAGGCUUAGGGACAUUCCAGCCACCUGUCACCAUCGCCCCUACUUCUGCCCCAGGGUGUGUGGCUAAUGGUCUGAGCAGCGGGGCACCGACAGUAGCAGGUGCGGUGGACCUUAGCACAGCCAAACCCUUCAACACUGUGGUUUCGGUCGACACUUCCUCCACAGAAGUGGUCACGGUUGUGAUCACAGAGGAGGAUGGGAAACCCGUGGACCUAACGGCCGGGAGAAGAGCCGUCUGCUGUGAUGUCGUCUACAAGCUGCCGUUUGCAGGUAGCUGCACCACCCAGCAGCCCACUACUCCAUUGCCUGAAGACCGCUUUGGCUACCGAGACGACCACUACCAGUACGACCGCUCGCCCUACAGCAUGAGGGGCUUCGGUGGGAUCAAACCCUCCAUGUCCGAUACCAAUCUGGCUGAGGCCGGGCUUUUCCUCUACAAGAGCAAGAACAGUUACAAUUUCAAUGGCACCACAGAGGGUGCAGUAGACCUGACAUUCUCCAAGACAUCUGAUGCAGGUGUAGCUUUGGACUUCUCCACCAAAGGCUCAGGGUUAUAUUCUGAAAUGAUAAUUCCCCCAUAUUCCCAAGCCAGAGUCACAGGGGCUGUUGGGACACACUUUGGCACGAGCAGUGUCCUGAGAUCCUCCAAUGGGGUGGUGUACUCUUCAGUCUCAGCACCAAUCCCAUCCACCUACGCCAUCACCACACAACCUGGCUCCAUAUUCAGCACCACAUACAACUCCCUGUUGGCGGGCAUGCACACCAGCGACACCAUGCCAUCCCUGUCCACUCUCCAGAACCAGCCCAUGACUCGGUCCCACAGCUUCAUCUCUACCACCUCCGCAGACGAUCAAGGGGAUGUCCCCCUCAACCUGGAGCUCUCCAAAGAUGGCAUAUCCACCUCCGCGGCCCUCACCAGCAAAACGGCCAACCUGGCCCUGGAAAGGCUGGACUCGUACACGGACGCAUCCCUGGAGGCUAUUGCCGCCUCACUGGAGGCCCUGUCCUCGCCCUGUGUGCCCGGGGAGGGCCAGUACCAGAUGCAGCGUGAGAUUCUGGAGAUGGAGAAGCUCAAGCAGCAGCGGUUGGCUGAAGAACUGGAGUGGGAGCGUCAGGAGAUCCAGCGCUUCCGCGAGCAGGAACAGAUGCUGGUGCAGAAGGAGCUGGAGGAGCUGCAGUCCAUGAAGCAGGCCAUCCUGUGCCAACAGGAGGAUGAGCGCCAGGCCCACCUCAUGAUGCAGAAGGAGACCUAUGCCCAGCAGCAGCAGCAGCUAGAGCAGAUCCAAAGGCUCCAGGAGCAGCUCCGAGCGCAGCUGGAGGAGCAGAAGUUCCGGAAGAUGUAUCAGGGGGAGAUGUUACUGGGGCACGGCCAGCAGGAGGCUGUCGUCCUGGGGCCAGACGGCACCGAGCUGGCCCGGAAAAUCAUGGACAGUGGGUGUCAGACGGAUGACGAGGACAGUGUUGUCGAUAAAGCCUAUAUGGCGGGGAGGAAGAAGAGAAGCACAGCCAAGAAGAGCGUAGACAGCUGCGUGCAGACAGACGAUGAGGACCAGGAGGAGUGGGAGCCUGCUCGGGCCAGACGUAGCAGGCCUCGCACGUCCAGGGGGGACAGAGGCGGACAGACCUCCGAUAUGUCCAUUCAGGCUCACUCUGAGAUCUCCAUACAGACGGACUCUGCAGGGAACGUAAGAAUGGACGCCAGGAUGGAGCUCUCUGACUCUGAAAGUCCACAUAGGGGAGGCAAGAGACGGCCCACGCCCUUGGAGAUAGAACAGUCUGGCCACCUCAGAGCUAACCCCUCCUGCCUUCAGGCACCACCCAAAUCCCCCAAUGUCCUCUACUCCCCCAUAUCCCCCUGCAUAUCCCCGAGCAAAUCCCUUGAAUUUGUGUCCUAUGAGAAAUCACUGGGUGAUACAAGCCCACAGAGAAUAAGAGGGAGUACUGAACCGACCAAAGUCUCUCCAGCCGGCAGCCCCAAGGCACCUAAGGCCAUGCAGAGAUCCAUGUCCGACCCCAAGCCCAUGAGUCCAACUGGAGAGGAGAGGGCUUCAUCCAGUUUCCAGUAUGGCGACAGUUACUCCGGCAAAAGCUCGUCGGGCAGCACCCCAACUGGCACCGGCAAGAAGGUGAAGAGGACCCUGCCCAACCCGCCCUCGGAGGAGGAGGCAACAGCCGCCGGACAGACGUCCUACAGCACUGGCUCGGCCCGCCGUCGCAUGUGCCGUAACACCAACAUGGCGAGGGCCAAGAUCCUGCAGGAUAUCGACCGUGAGCUGAACAUGGUGGAGCGUGAGUCGUCCAAGCUCCGCCACAAGCAGGCAGAGCUGGACGAGGAGGAGAAGGAGAUCGACGCCAAGCUACGCUACCUGGAGAUGGGCAUCAACCGCAGGAAAGACGCCCUCCUCAAGGAGCGGGAGAAGAGGGAGCGGGCCUACCUGCAGAGCGUGGCCGAGGACCGCGACUACAUGUCAGACAGCGAGGUCAGCAAUAUCCGGGAGACACGGAGCGGCCGCGGCAGUGGGGAAGAUGAAGAGAUGGCAGGUCACGGGUUGGAGCGCCCCAGGACGGCACCCCAGUCAGAGCUGGAUGACUUUGUGCCACCACAGACCACACACGAGGCCCAGUACGGCAAGUUCUCCCAGUACCAGUACCCCCUGAGCCAGACGCUGUACCAGCAGCAAUCCCUCUACCAGUCCCCCCAGUCCUACCAGUCUCAGUCUAUCUACUCCUCAGUCCCCUCCCUGUCUAGCUCCCAGCAGCAGAGCUACCACCAGAUGCUCCUGCUCCAGCAGAAGGCAGCCAGGCAGGCGGCCCUGCUCCAAGAGUUGGACGCGUCGUCCAAGUAUGAAGUCAUCAGCCGACAGCCCGACCCAGUGUCCUCCGCCUACAUGGGAGGGGUCAGGUACGACAAGUACGGUAACCACUUGGACCUCCGGGCCCUGGAGGUGGGGGGCAGUAUGGCUGGCAGCCCCAUGUCCAACGUGUCGGCCGACUCCUUCUAUGGAGACGUGGAGCACCACCACCACACUCCACGAAGCUACGUCCUCCUAGAAGAUGCGGCAGAGCUGGCCAAGAGCUCCACGAGUCUGGCUUCAUCCAGCUAUGCCCAGGCCGAGAAGGAGCUGGCUAAGGCAGAGAGGCUGUUGAGGAGAAGUGCAGCCGACCUGACCUCCACCGAAUACCUGGGCUCCAGCUCAAGGCUGCACUCCGGGUACGGAAAGACCCCAGACGACGAGGACUCUAUGGAUGACCCCUACGAGCUGAAGCUCCUCAAGCAGCAGUUGAAGCAGGAGUUCCGGAGGAGCACAGGGGGAACAGAAAGCCUGGACCCGCUGACGGGUCUCUCCCACAACUACUACAGCACCCCAAGCUCGGAUGUCUCCUCCUCCCAGAGCUACUCCCAAAGACACUACCCCAAGACGGAGAAAUACAGCAUCAGCCGGCUGACCCUGGAGAAGCAGGCAGCCAAGCAGCUCCCGGCGUCCAUGCUGUACCAGAAGCACAAAGCCCCACUGACCGACCCCAAAGUCUCCAAGUACUCCUCCAUGCAAGACGGCAGGGGUCUGGAGACAGACUAUGCCAGCUAUUUAGGGUCCAGUAAUGUUAGCGCCUCUCCUAGAUCCAGCCGGCUCCUCCAGGACGAGAUCACCUUUGGACUACGCAAGAACAUAGCCGAGCAGCAGAAGUACCUGGGCUCCACGUUGGGCGCCAACCUGGCAGGCUCGCUCAACUUCGGCCAGAGCCUGGCCUUGGACUCGACCUCCUACCCCAGUGGCAGCCGCUCACGGCCCUCUUCCAGGCCCAACUCUGUCUACGGCCUGGAUCUCUCAAUCAAACGGGACCCCUCCAGUUCCUCGCUGAGGCUCAAGGGGGACGGAGAGGCUGCCUCAGACAGCUACCAGACACCCUCAGGGCGUGCCAAGCCCACCAGCCUGCCCAUCGUGCAGGGUGGCCGGGGGCGCAUCCCCAUUGUGGCGCAGAACUCUGAGGAGGAGAGCCCGUUGAGUCCUGUGGGCCAGCCUAUGGGCAUGGCGCGGGCGUCGGCGGGGCCCCUGCCGCCCAUCUCGGCCGACUCGCGGGACCAAUUUGGUUCGUGCCUCUCCCUGCAGGACUCCCAGCAGCAGCAGCACCUGAGGGAGGAGCCAACGAGGGGGCGGGGCUACGUCUUGAUGGACGACCACCAGGGCACCAUGUCGGACGGCGAAGCCCUGAGUGACUCCAUGCUGGCACUGAACAGAGAUGAUCCCCGACAAUCACAUGAGAAUAUCCCAAACGCUUACCACCUACGGCGAGAGGAGACGGACUGGUUUGACAAACCACGAGAGGGACGACCAGAGAACGGACAAGGGCCGGACAGGAGACAGGGGAAGGGUGUGUACUACCCCUUUCCUCACACCAGAGUCAAACUGCAGAGGGAUCCCAAGGACCGCAGUGUAUCAGGAAAUGGAUUGGGUAUCAGAGUGGUGGGAGGUAAGGAGGUUCCAGGGACCAACGGAGACAUCGGAGCCUACGUAGCUAAAGUCUUACCUGGAGGAGUUGCCCAACAGACUGGGAAGAUACUAGAGGGAAUGCAGGUGCUGGAGUGGAACGGGCUUCCUCUGACGGGGAAGACCUACGAGGAAGUGCAGGGGCUUGUGGUACAGCAGUGUGGCGAGGCAGAACUCUGCGUGAGACUAGAUCUGAACAUGCUGUCUGACUCGGAGGGCUCUCAGCACCUUGAUCUCCCGGACCAGAGCAAACCAGGUGACAGACCCCCCAGGUCUCCGGGGGUGGAUCCGAAGCAGCUGGCUGCAGAGCUGCAGAAGGUGUCCCAGCAGCAGGCUCCUCCCCCUACCACCGCCACGUCCUCCUCCUCCACGGCGGGGGGAGAGAAAGGUCCCCACUCUGCCAUCUCAGGCACCGCCUCGGCCGCCUCUAGUGCCAUCCAGAGUCCAGGCCAGCCGGGGUCACCCUCCAUCAGCAAGAAACGCCACAGCAGCAAGUCUGCAGACGCAGUGAAGACACAAUCCCACCCUGUUACUGGAGAGAUACAGCUUCAAAUCAACUAUGACAAGCAGCUGGGGAACCUGAUUGUCCACGUGCUCCAAGCCAGGAACCUGGCCCCCAGAGACAACAAUGGCUACUCAGACCCCUUUGUCAAAGUCUACCUCCUACCUGGGAGGGGUCAGGUCAUGGUUGUCCAGAAUGCCAGUGCUGAGAAUAAGAGGAGAUCAAAACAAGCUGGCAAGAGUCUGAACCCAGAGUGGAACCAGACUGUCAUCUAUAAGAACAUCCACCUGGAACAGCUGAGGAAGAAGAUGCUGGAGGUGAGCGUGUGGGACUACGACAAGUGCUCCUCCAAUGACUUUCUGGGAGAGGUGUUGAUGGACCUGUCCAACACGGCUAACAUGGAUAACGUCCCACGCUGGCUCCCUCUGAAGGAACAGAGUGAGGGAGAGCACCACCGGCGCUCCCUUCCAGCACAGGGGCGCCAGCACUCCCCCAAGCCCCCCUCGCAGCACGCCUCCCCCAAAACCCCCGCCCACGGUAAAGAGGACUCCCCAAAGCCCCCCUCGCAGCACGCCUCCCCCAAAACCCCCUCCCACGGGAACCAGGACUCGCCCAAGUCAUCGGUCAUCAAGAGCCGGAGCCACGGGAUCUUUCCUGAUCCAGCCAAAGCACGGCCCGGCAGGUCCGGUGACGCCCCGGUAACAGCCGCCUCAUUGGACAGCGGUCUGAGUGGCAGUGCUUACAGCCUAUUGGAGGAAGAGGGCGGGACUAAUGCUGUGGACAGUGCCAUCUUCCAGGUCCCUCGGUUUGGGAAGAUUCCAAAUGGCACCGACGUGAUGAUAUCACCAAUGGGCCAUAUGGACUCUGAGGGUAAGACCCAGGUAAUGGGGGAGAUCAAGAUAGCUCUGAAGAAGGAGCUGAAGACGGAGGGAGACCAACUGGUGUUGGAGAUUCUCCAGUGCAGAAACAUCACCUACAAGUUCAAGUCUCCAGACCACCUGCCAGACCUCUAUGUGAAGCUGUAUGUGGUGAACAUUGCGACCCAGAAGAGGAUAAUCAAGAAGAAGACCCGGGUGUGUCGUCACGACCGCGAGCCCUCCUUCAACGAGACCUUCAGAUUCUGCAUGAACCCCACUGGCCACUCUCUGCAGCUCUUCCUGGUGUCCAAUGGAGGGAAGUUCAUUAAGAAGACCCUGAUCGGAGAGGCCUACGUCUGGCUGGAUAAGGUGGACGUGCGGAAGCGAGUGGUCAGCUGGCACAAACUGCUGGCUAGCUCUGCUCAGAUCCACUCCUGAAGGACCUACUAUUAACCUUGUCUAUUCUAUAGGUUCUUAACUCACAGAGAGAAAGACGAGGAUGGCUAAGGCGUUUACUGUCUCCAUCACUGAUCCACUCUUUAUGGACCUACUGGACAUAAUCACAGGUCCACUGUUGGGGUGGGUGCGAGGACCGUUAGGGUGUGGGAGUGAGGUUUCUCUUACGUAUGCUGUGGAUCUUGAGUUUCAGUGUCAAGGGUCAGGGGUCAGGGUUUGAAUUGCUUGAGCUGUGACUGGGGAUUGGGGAGAGAAUCUUUGUUUGAGAUGCGUUUGGCGAUAAGGGUAGUGGGGAGGAAGUAGGUAUGUGUUUACAGGAAAUUAACUUGUGUUUACAGGAAGUAGUGUAGCCAGGGGAGGGAGGAGGACGUUGUGGCAACAAAGCAAGAACAGAAUCAACCAGGUAUUACACACACACACACACACACACACACACACACACACACACACACACACACACACACACACACACACACACACACACACACACAGUCACACACACAGUCACACACACAGUCACAAACACAUUCAAACACACCACAGAGAAAGAUGAUCAUAAGAGACUGACACAUGCAUACAGGGGAUGGACACAUUUAGAUUCUCUCAUUGCUUUAUUUGACUGUAGAUGUUUUUAUUUAUUAAUGAAAUUAUAACUACCUGUGGAUUCUCCUCAUGGCUCUGUAUAUUAUUAGCAGAAUUUAAUUCAUUUAUGAAGCAUUUUGGGAAUGAAAUGUUGAAGAUUUAUUCUAUGGAGAUUGCACCACUUAUUUUUGUAUUAUAAUUAUGAUUAUUAGAGUUUUAUUGAUUAUUCUCCUCAAUUGUUUAAGUACUCAAUGAUGAAUGAAGAAUUUUGAAUCCAGGGACGCACAGUAUAUUUUGUAACAUACUCUCACUUUAAUUCUAAUUCUCGAUUUGAAAUGACUCCCUCAUCUGGCACGGGGCACAAAGCUCUCGGCAAGCAUGUUUUUACAUUUUAGGACAACAAUAUUUCCCCUGUCUGCUUUCAGUCCCCUUCUCUUCUCUCUCUAGAUGUACAUUUAGAUGCAGAUAUAUCAGAUAUAGUAUAUAAACAUUGUUCUAAGUAUAAUUGGUGUGGAUUUUAUCAGACUGGGUAGUCUUGUGCACAGGGUCAUGUUUAUUAGGCACCAAAUGGAAGAAAACCGACUGAAACAAGGAGGGACUACCUGGAGUUGUCCAGGGAGAAAUGCUAAUUUUAGUUUUCAGUUGCAAAAUGUUUUCUGUUUGGUGACCUAAUGAACAUGACAGUGAAAAGUUGCAUUGUUGCCUAUGAGGUUGACUUUGUAUAUAGUUGAGUGCACUGUCGUUGUGAGAGAUCAAUAUAUAUCUUUUUAUCACAGACAAUCCAUUCUGGAUGAUUGUAGCUUAACAUUUAAUUUUUUCCUUCCUUUGGAAUGUGAAAUAUUGGGCACAGGCUUUAUCUCUGAUUCAAGCCUGGUUUUUCUCCUAGUAACAGACAUAAUGAACUCAUAUACAUAAGACUAGCGUAGUUCUGACUUCUCCUUACAUUCACACAUUUGAAAUAUCACGUCACAUGCACACUGUCACGUUUUACUUAGCACUUUGUCAAGUUAUAGAAUGUAUAGAUGAAUAUAUGUCCCCACUCGUA